GUAGACAGUCGCGCCGCGGCUGCAGCAGCGGUGGGGACUCCUUGUUAAGGCAAGCAGCGGCAACUGCUAGUAAGAGCGAGCAGCUCCCCCGCCUAAACCCAGGAGCCCACCAUGCCUGCGCCCCCGCCUCGCCGCCGACUGCAUUGCUAGAAGCAAGAGGGGCCUCGGUGAAUGCACUGGCUUCGCGGAGCGAGAAGUCCAGACAAACCUCACGGGCAGUGGCUUAUCGGGGGAGAGCCUGCGCAGCGGAGAUGGGGGCCUGGCCCUCUCUGAUUCUGACACAGGUCUUUAGCAGGAGGCCGAGCGUGCUGCUCCGGCAGUAAUAGUAACCAUAAUAACACCUUCGAACAGAACCUUGCUCGGGCAUAGGGCCCCUGGCACACCAUGGCUGACUCCGAUGAGGCCUUUGGCCUGGCUCACACGCCUCUGGACCCGGACUCUAAAGAUCUGCCCUGCGACGCGAAACCUGAAAGCGCCCUGGGCGCCCCCAGCAAGUCGCCAUCCUCCCCGCAGGCCGCCUUCACCCAGCAGGGCAUGGAAGGGAUCAAGGUGUUUCUCCACGAAAGAGAGCUGUGGCUGAAAUUCCAUGAAGUGGGCACGGAGAUGAUUAUCACCAAGGCGGGGAGGCGGAUGUUCCCCAGCUACAAAGUGAAGGUAACCGGCCUGAACCCUAAAACAAAAUACAUCCUUCUCAUGGACAUUGUCCCCGCAGAUGACCACAGAUAUAAGUUUGCAGAUAACAAAUGGUCCGUGACCGGCAAAGCCGAGCCUGCCAUGCCGGGUCGCCUGUACGUGCACCCAGACUCGCCUGCCACCGGGGCACACUGGAUGCGGCAGCUUGUAUCCUUCCAGAAGCUCAAGCUCACCAACAAUCACCUGGACCCGUUUGGGCAUAUUAUCCUCAAUUCCAUGCACAAAUACCAGCCCCGAUUACACAUCGUGAAGGCGGACGAAAAUAAUGGAUUUGGCUCAAAAAACACCGCGUUCUGCACCCAUGUCUUUCCCGAGACAGCCUUUAUCGCCGUUACUUCCUACCAGAACCACAAGAUCACGCAACUGAAGAUUGAGAACAAUCCCUUCGCCAAAGGAUUCCGGGGCAGUGAUGACAUGGAGCUGCACAGAAUGUCCAGGAUGCAAAGUAAAGAGUAUCCCGUGGUUCCCAGGAGCACAGUGAGACAAAAGGUAGCCUCCAACCACAGCCCUUUCAGCAGUGAGCCUCGGGCUCUGUCCACCUCCUCCAAUUUGGGGUCCCAGUACCAGUGUGAGAACGGUGUCUCCGGCCCCUCACAGGAUCUUCUGCCUCCGCCCAACCCGUACCCCCUGCCCCAGGAGCACAGCCAGAUCUAUCACUGCACCAAGAGGAAAGCAGAUGAAGAGUGUUCCACCACAGACCAUCCAUAUAAAAAACCCUACAUGGAGACCUCUCCCAGUGAUGAGGACCCUUUUUACCGCCCCAGCUACCCUCAGCAGCAGGGCCUGAGCGCCUCCUACAGGACAGAGUCCGCCCAGCGGCAGGCCUGCAUGUACGCCAGCUCUGCACCCCCUAGUGAGCCGGUGCCCAACUUGGAGGAUAUCAGCUGCAACACAUGGCCCAGCAUGCCCUCCUACAGCAGCUGCACGGUCACCACUGUGCAGCCCAUGGACCGGUUGCCCUACCAGCACUUCUCCGCCCACUUCACCUCGGGGCCCCUGGUCCCUCGGCUAGCUGGCAUGGCCAACCACGGUUCUGCACAGCUUGGAGAGGGAAUGUUUCAGCACCAGACCUCUGUGGCCCACCAACCUGUGGUCAGGCAGUGUGGGCCCCAGACUGGCCUGCAGUCCCCAGGCAGUCUGCAGCCCCCCGAGUUCCUCUACUCUCACGGCGUGCCUAGGACCCUGUCCCCACACCAGUACCACUCUGUGCAUGGAGUUGGUAUGGUGCCAGAGUGGAGUGAGAACAGCUAAAGUGGAACCUGCAUCACCAUAGACACCUACCAGAGAGAGAGAAAGAGAAAGAAAAAGAGACAGAAGGAGAGAAACAGUGACAAAGAGAACUCCGUGGACAAGAGACUUCGUGUGCCCCCAAGACCACCUCUGCCCUUUAGGCUGUUGGACGUGGAUCCAAUCUGUUGCUCAAAACCACGGUUUGAACCAUGUAACUUCAUUGCUUUGUCUUCAAACUCAACAAGCAAAUGAGAUUGGAUGAAUCCUCCACCCACAGUGCACUCUUCCUGGGCCACCACUUACCAGCCAGGCCCAGAUGCCCUCCUGGUGGCCUCCUGAGGGAUCCAAACACUUUGUCUCAUCAAGGGUCUCUUAGUGCAUAGUUGAAGCUUCCAUGUCUUGGCAUUGAUGUUGACUUUGUUAUAUAAUAAAUCAUAAUAUAUUUUUUUCUUUCCAUUUUCUUGAUGGGACCCAGUCCCUUACUGGGGAGCGCGGGGAGGGGAGGUCUUGAGGCAAGUAGGUUUCCAAAUCUGUACUUGUGGGGUUCCCCUUGGUGAUUGCCACCCCUCUCCCAAGAGCACCUACCUCUGCUGGGGGAUGUUUCUGGAAAGGCCCCUCGCUGCCUGUUCCUCCCGUCCUGCACUCCACAUCACCAUGGCGCCCAGUUUUGUCCCCUCUGUUAGAGUCUGGAUAACAAGGGGUUGCAUCUGGUGUCCUAUCUUAGCCGGCCCUAUGGCUUCGGGUCUUUCCAGCUGUCUGUUGCUCCAGCGUGGCCUAUAGCUUCCUGUCCGGAAAGCUUGCUUGGAACAACAUAAAAGGCCCUGCUGUACAUGUAGGGCCAGACUGUGAUAAGUGGGGAGCAAGCUCUGUUGCUGACAAGGGCUGUGAAAAAAAAAGUCAAAACAAA